CAUAUGGCUGCGUUGGAGUCGCAAAACGUGGCAGAUCGUAAGCAUAGCAGUAUACUUGGCUGUAUAUUCGCGGGAGAUUACUCGUCAUUUCGUUGGCAGCGUGAUCAUCUGCGCCGGAUAUAUGAGAACAGGUAACUGCUAUCGGCUUAGACUGACCAAUCCAUAUUGAACUUGUAUUAACACCAAUUUAUAGAGCAGGAAAUGCGUCAACUGAAGACGAUGUUCAGGUCUGUGAUAGGGAAGUCAAUAUGGAAGCUCCUGAGCCCCGCUUGGCUGCCACGCCUAAGAAAGACACUCGUCGUUUGGGAGCCAUACGACAUAAGGCAAGAUUGGAAGAAGCGGCAGCAAGUGUAUCACGACUAAAGGCGAAAUUGCGUGGCGGAGCUUCGAAACUCGAGAUGGACGACACCGAGAACGUCAUGAAGGAUGACAUGGAGGUCGAAGAUGGACGAAAUGAGGUAGACCAGGAAGUCGAACGUGUGACCAGGCCGGCCAAUACCUUCUUUACGCGACAAGAGAUUGACAGGGCAAAUUUCUUCCGGACACUCCAUCCAAAUCUCGCAUACGAGCACAAAGGGAUGUCUGAAGCACUUUUUCGGGAGCUGUCCCUCAAGGCUCUGUUCCCCGGCAUCCUUCAUACUUUUCCAGCGUUGCCCAGCAAAUUUCUUUACAAUCGAUUGAGGCAGGAGGGACAACGCCGACUUGAGUUACUGGCAGCGAGUCCAGAGCCACCACUCACACAAGACCUGCUGGACACUAAGAAGCCUGAGAGUGCCGUGCUCGUUACCGACGCCUUCGCCGACCAGCAAAAGCAAGCUUACAAGGAGCCUGUCAGACUCAGGCGGCCCAAAAGCAGUGACCCACAGCAGAUUGUCUCGAAGCCCGCUGUCCCAGCGCCGACUAAGCCUCGGAAUUUAGAAGAAAGGUUCGCUCAGGAAUUCAACAAGGAGUUUCCAGCGUGGCCGACCCCGCCUUCAUCGUUGACGGAGGGGGAGUACAACGCACUCCUCAUUCGAGCGCGCUAUGGCCACGUGCUUUCUGACCUUCCGUUCCGCAUGAACAGAAUGCAGUUCAAUGCCUGGGAGGCAGCAGGGAGACGCAAAGCCCAGAAUAUCGAGCGCUUGUCCACUCAGCAGCCCACACCCGCCGCGACUACGAUUGUGGAUCUUACUAUAAAUGACUAGCUGCCAUUGCUUCUAGCCUGUUAGUCCAUCUAUCA